AUGGAUUCAUCUCCUCCAUGCUUCCGUGGUUACGGGACAAGGUUUGUGUUGCCGUGCGUGUUCGUUCCUUUGGUCUUGGUGUCCUUGCUGCUCCUCUCUGUUGAUUCCAACGGCCCCACCCCCUGGUUCUCUUCCUUCUCCUUUUCCCUUCCUCUUCAUGGUGGCGGUGAUGCACACAAAGAAAAGGAUUUGGAGUCUCAGAGAGGUUUCGGAGCACAGGUUUCCUUCGAUCGCUCCGGUCAUGCUUCUGAUGUAUCUGUUCCUCCCGUGGCGGCUCCGAGCCCGGUGCAGGGGCCUGCAGUAUUACUCUUCGAACACAACACCACCGAGGAUGCGAUACCAUUGCCAAGAGGGCGGGGAAAAAGAUACACGAAAUUACAGAGACUUGAACUCGGCCUGGGCAGAGCUCGAGCAGCUAUCAAGAAAGCAUUUCGGAACGCCGGUAAUAGAACGGCAUUACCCGACAAAGAUUAUGUUCCGCAAGGGCCAUUAUACAGGAAUGCUUAUGCUUUUCACAGGAGUUAUUUGGAAAUGGAGAAGCUGUUCAAGGUGUAUGUGUAUGAAGAAGGUGAGCCGCCACUCUUCCAUGAUGGCCCCUGCAGGAGCAUAUACUCUUCGGAGGGAAGGUUCAUCAACAGCAUGGAAAUGGACUCCCGGUAUCGGACUAGGAACCCUGAUCUUGCUCAUGUCUUCUUUCUGCCGUUCAGCGUCGCCAAGAUGGUUAAAUUCAUAUACAAGCCCGAGUCCUUCGAUAUCUCCCCGAUCAAAAAGACCAUUGCUGAUUACAUCGAUGUCGUUGCCGAAAGAUAUCCAUACUGGAACAGGAGCCUGGGUGCAGAUCAUUUCAUGCUUUCCUGCCAUGAUUGGGGGCCUCAUUCCUCCAAAGCCGUGCCUAAUCUUUACGGCAACUCCAUUCGAGUCUUGUGCAAUGCAAACACGUCCGAAGGCUUCGAUCCUUCCAAGGACGUAUCGCUGCCAGAGAUCAACAUCAAGACCGACGUCAUGGCCGACAUGAUGGGAGGGCCAUCCGCCUCGCACCGCCCCAUCCUCGCGUUCUUCGCCGGUGGAGAUCAUGGCCCUGUCCGGCCGCUGCUUCUGGAGGCGUGGAAGGACAAAGACCCCGAUGUCCAAGUCCACGAGUACCUCCCCAAGGGAGUGUCCUACUACGACAAGAUGAGGAAGAGCAAGUACUGCUUGUGCCCGAGCGGGUACGAGGUGGCGAGCCCGAGAAUCGUGGAGGCCAUCUACCUCGGCUGUGUGCCGGUCACCAUCAACGACCACUACGUGCUGCCGUUCAGUGAUGUUCUCGACUGGAAGGCCUUCUCGGUGCAGAUCUCGGUGGAGGACAUCCCAAACAUCAAGAAGAUCCUGAUGGGCAUCUCUCCGACGCAGUACAUCAGGUUGCAGAGGAGAGGGGCGAUGGUGCAGAGGCAUUUCGUGGUGAACAGCCCUCCCAGGAGGUUUGACGUGUUCCAUAUGAUCCUUCACUCCAUAUGGCUUCGAAGGCUCAACAUCCGCAUGCAUCGUCCCCAGGUCUCUGAUUGAUCCCGGAGCCCUCCUCCUCCUGCUGCUUUGAUCGAUUGUUACCAUACAGCCAUUUUAAUUACAGUAUCCGUGAAUAUCACUCACUUACAGAAGUCUGAUUCUUUUU